AUGUCUAUAUCUCCAUACUUCUUCGACUACGAUCUACGCUGGCCACGACGACUGUAUGAUCAAAAUUUUGGCCUCACUCUAACACCGCACGAUCUCUUCAAUGCUACAAGUCCUGUUAUACCACGAUAUAAUUUGUGGUGGCCGAAAGAUACCGGUUCGUCGAUCAAAUUCGAUAAAGACAAAUGGCAAAUCAGCGUCGACGUGCAGCACUUUGCACCAGAUGAAAUUACUGUGAAGAUUGCGAACGGCGACAUAGUGGUAGAAGGAAAACAUGAAGAAAAACAAGAUGAGCACGGAUUUAUAUCCAGGCAAUUUAUCAGGCGUUUCAAAAUACCAGAAGAUACUAAUUCAGAUGCAAUAGAGUCCAGGCUAUCUUCUGAUGGUGUUCUUACUGUUCUAGCUUCACGUAUUGAUACGCCGAAAGGUGAAAGAAAUGUACCAAUAACACACACCGGACCUGUAAGAAAGGAUAUGAAAAAUGAAACGAAUGAGGAAAAACCUGAUAAGUAA